AGGUAAUAAUAAGAAAAAAAAGAGGCCACCCUAAUACCAUGGUUAGGUGCAUUCUAAACCAAUUUUUAUUUGCAAAUUAGUUUACUAAGUAUGUGAGUAGCAUGGCUCAAUGCAGUAUGCAUCUAUGACAGUCGGAACACUCAGAGACUGAUACUGUCCCCUCCCACAGGAAGAAGAAGAAGAGGAGGAAGCAAAAGAGCCCAUCAGUGUGAGAAGUUAAUCUAGUGCUGAAGAAUUUAUUUCCGACCUUCUAUGUUACUUAAUGUAACGUAGUAAAAUUGAAAAACUACUUGAAAACCUUUUUUUUGAAGAAGAAUAACUUAGUCCAUUGUGUUCAAAAUGAGAAAUCAUAUUUUCAGUCAUAUUUUCUUAUUUUUCGCCAUGGUUGGUGUCACAGCAGGAGAGUACAAAGGAUCCGUGACUUUUUCUGGAAUGCAAGUUAUUGUCGAAUGUCAUGAAGGUGCUCGUGUAAAGAUAGAUAAAAGGGGAAUCAACGAAACAACUUUCACAGAAAAAUAUCUAGAUAGUAACCAUGAUGUAUAUUCCUGUGCUGCUGCUGAUAGUACUGACAGUGCUGACCCAACAUACAAAUUCUACAUCAAAGCUAAAGUGUGUGAGAAUUGCUAUGAACUAGAUGGUUCCUACGUUGCGGCUGCCAUCUGUGCCGAUCUGCUGAUCACUGGAGGCAUCAUCCUCCUCGUCUACGCUUAUGGCCAGAGGAAGUCAGGCCCUGCACCCCCGAAACCCACUAAUGCACGGAACCCAACUGGCUCCGGUGGUCCGCCGGUGCCCAAUCCAGACUAUCAGCAACUCAGUGAUUUCACCCGCAGCAAAGAUACUUAUGCUACAGUGCAUAAAACUCAUGGCUAAAGUGUCAAGGAUCCCUCUCAAAGGAGCUGUCCAUCAAGACAAGAUGGAGAGAGUUUGACUGAGAUCAUCACAGUUGCUCCUUUUCUGUGAGAAACAAUGGAUUUGUACAGAGCCGGGAGGCGUCAUUGCAAGAUUUUUGUUUUGUAUAUCGAGAGAGAUGUGCGCUCAUUUGACUAGAUUGUGUGCACAAUUUAGAAUAUUUUGUGCUUGUUUUACUAAAUUGUGGUCUCAUUUUACAUAUUUGUGUGUUCAGUUUAGUAAAUCGAAUCAAAAUGUGACCACAAUUUAUUAAAACAAGCUCAAUACUUAGUUAAACGUGCCAAAUUGAGAGCACAAUCUAGUACAAUGAGCGCACAUUCUUGGAUAUACACACACACACAGGUAUCUUGCAAUAACACCCCCAGUGUAAACAAAUUGUCAGAUAUAAGUUACUUAUUUGUAUCAUUGAUGGUGUGGACUAUUAUGGAGGUUUUGCAGUUUACAAAAUAUCCUGCUGUAUUUCAGUGUGUUUUCUGUGUGUUUUUUUCUCAUUUCCCACUAACACUUUUUCUUAAACAGUUGUAUGUCACCUUUUCCUUUCACACUUUACAUAGCUGUUUUGCCUAAACAUUACCAUGGACAGCAGGGGUUUAGAGUUUCACAUAUGAUUAAUAGGCUUUACUGCAGAUGACGCUUAUGAGACUAGUGGAAAAAACUAAUUACAAAAACAAGACCUUUAUCUUUGUCAUACACGGUGGAAACAAUGUCAUCAGUUCGACAACAGCGUGGUGUUUUCUGUAUUUCUCAUCAUUUUUAUAAUAUGGAAUAAACAAUGCCUUGGUUCUUUA